AUCGAUCCAAAGGUGGCGUUCCCUCGACGAGCUCAGCCCAAGCUCGUGACUCGAACCAAGAAGAUCUUUGUGGGCGGCCUGUCGGUGAACACGACCAUCGAAGACGUGAAGCAAUACUUCGACCAGUUUGGGAAGGUCGACGAUGCCAUGCUCAUGUUCGACAAGACCACAAACAGACACAGAGGGUUUGGCUUCGUGACGUUUGAGAACGAGGACGUGGUGGAGAAAGUGUGCGAGAUCCACUUCCACGAGAUCAACAACAAAAUGGUGGAGUGCAAGAAGGCCCAGCCCAAGGAGGUGAUGUCCCCCACGGGCUCGGCCAGGGGCCGCUCUCGGGUGAUGCCCUAUGGGAUGGACGCCUUCAUGCUAGGCAUCGGUAUGCUGGGUUAUCCAAGCUUCCAGACUGCCACUUACACCAGCCGGAGCUACGCAGGCAUCACUCCUGGAUACACCUAUCAGUUCCCUGAGUUCCACUUAGAGAGGACUCCCCUUCUGACUUCACCCCACCCCCCUGAACUCACAGCCAUUCCUCUCACCGCCUAUGGACCAAUGGCAGCUGCGGCAGCGGCGGCGGCAGUCGUCAGAGGCUCCACCCCGUCUCGCGCAGCUGGAUUUUUAGGCACGAGCAGCCCGGGUCCGAUGGCGGACCUUUAUGGAACCGCCAGUCAGGAGUCGGCUGUCAGCAGUUACCUCAGCGCUGCGAGCCCUGCACCAAGCACCGGCUUCAGCCACAGCCUGGGG